UCUCAAGUAUUAUUUUCAUGGCACACACUUCAAAAUUUUGUAGUUUUUCAUUCAGCUUUCAGUUUUGUGUCCGAGGUCUUUCGUUGUCAACAUCAUCUGACCUCUGGAGGCUCUGGGUUUAUACGUGUUGGUUCCUUUCAAUGGCAAACUACAAUUUAGAAUGCAACCUAACUACUUUCCAUUCAUCUCUUGGACAAUGAUGCAACCAUAAUAUUUUUGAUAAUUGAGAUAACCGGCCAAAUGCACUUUUCAGAAAAAGAUAUCAACAGUCAGGCUGUGAAGUAACAGAAUACAAGAGUGGAUUAACUACCAAGUGCUAUGACUCGUAGGAAAACAAAAUGCCAGAGUGGUGCUUUCAAAGCUAAGAAAAGAAAAAGAAUAGAGCAGCUUGAAAGUUCUUUAAGAGGAUCGAUGAACAAAUAUUUGGCUCGAACAAGUGAUAGUGUUGGACUUCCGGAAAGAAUAAGUGAAAGUGAUGGUCCUGCAGCAGCAGAAACAAUGAAUGACAUUAACAGUGAUGAUUCUGAUGAAGAAUAUGCAAAUUUGGUUAAUGAAAUGGAGAAAGAAGAUGGUUUGCUCAAUGGUGGUAGUAGUAGUGGUGGUCUUAGUGGAUAUAAUCAGAAUGUGCAAGGUAAAGAAUUGUUACAACCAACUAUAAAUGAGAGUGAACACGGGAACGACGAAGUGCGGAAUGAAGAGUACGGACCGGUAAACAUUUAUGAUCCAGGAAAUUGGAACUUCAUUGACCAACAUUUCAGAGAUUUUUUGGUAGAAAAGGGUCCCAUCAGAGUAAGUAAAAAUGUCCAAUAUCCUUACAAUGAACAUCGUAGACGAUUCUCUAAUCGUCAUUAUAAACGAAAAAUGAGUAAUGGGGAAAGGGUUGAUAGGAGAUGGCUAGUAUAUUCAACUGUUAGGGAUCGCGUUUUCUGUUUUAGUUGCAAAUUGUUUAAGGGAGAUGGGAUUGAUUGUCAGUUGGAUACCAUUGGCUCUAAUGAUUGGCAUAAUCUUGGUAAAAAACUUAGACAUCAUGAUACCUGCCAUGGGCAUCUACAAUCCAUGUCUAUAUGGAAUGAACUGGAAAGAAGAUUGAAGAAGAAUGAAACUAUCGAUAAGGCUAUGCAAGAACAGAUCAAGAGAGAAAAAGAGUAUUGGAAACAAGUCUUGGUUAGAAUAGUUUCUCUUAUCAAAACUCUUGCUAAAAAUAAUUUAGCUUUCCGCGGUGAUAACGAAAAGAUUGGCCAAUCAAAUAACGGCAAUUUUUUGAGCUUUAUUGAAAUGAUUGCAGAGUUUGAUUUGGUAAUGCAAGAUCAUCUUCGACGUUUCAAAGAUCAGGACAUUCACCAUCAUUACCUUAGUCCCAAGAUACAAAAUGAGUUGAUUUCGCUAUUGGCACACCAUGUGAGAGAGAAAAUUAUUGAAAAAGUUCACAAAGGAAAAUAUUUUUCUGUGUUGCUUGAUUGUACUUCGGAUAUAAGCCGUGAAGAACAAAUGUCACUUAUUGUAAGAUCUGUGGAUUAUUUAACAACUCCAAAAGUUGAAGAACACUUUCUAGGUUUCUUAAAAGUGGAAAAAACCACUGGACUAGGACUUUUUGAGGAGAUGAAAAACCUUUUGGAGAAGCUUAAGAUUGAUUUUGAUGAUCUCCGAGGACAAGGGUACGAUAACGGAGCUAAUAUGAAGGGGAAAAACAAAGGGGUGCAAAACAGGCUACUCAAGGAAAAUCCAAGGGAAUUUUAUAUGCCGUGUGCAUGUCAUAGUCUUAAUCUUAUGCUUCUGGAUAUGGAUAAAUCAUGUCCUAAAGCAGAAUCAUUUUUCAGUGUUAUGCAGCGGAUAUACAAGUUGUUUUCAAAAUCUACAAAACGUUGGCAAGUAUUUAAAAAACAUGUGACUGGUUUCACUGUUAAGCCAUUAUCGGAUACUCGAUGGGAAAGUCAUAUAGAGAGUGUUAAAGCAAUAUGAUUCCAACUUCCUAAAAUACGGGAUGCUUUGCUAGAGUUGUCGGAAUCUAUUGAAUUUAGUGCGAAAACAAGGGGAGAAGCUGAUUCGUUAUUGACACGUGAGAUCGAUAAUUUUGAAUUUAUAUUUGGCAUGGUUGUUUGGCAUCAUUUUCUGCUUGCAGUCAACUCCGUCAGCAAAUUGUUACAAAAAGAGGAUAUGCAUCUUGAUAUUGCCAUGGACCGAGUAAAUGAUUUACUUUCUUUUUUUGUAAAGUGCAGGGAUACUGGAUUCGAAGAGUUAUUGGAAGAAGCUACUGAGUUGGCAGCAACAAUUGGUAUAGAACCUACUUUCUAUGAGCCACGAAUCAUUCGAAAGAGAAAACAUUUUGACGACAUUAUGACCGAAGAAGAAGCACCAUUAUCAGGUAAGCGAUCUUUUGAAGUUAACUAUUUUAAUUAUAUAGUAGACCAAGCUAGAUCCUCACUGACUAGUAGGUUUGAACAAUUUCAUGAGUUCAAUGAAGUUUUUGGGUUCUUAUUUCAAGUAAAGAAGUUACACUCUCUUGAUGAUAGCACUUUAAAGGCGUGUUGUAUCAAGCUUCAAAAUUACCUAAAGCAUGGCAUGAGUUCCGAUAUCGAUGGACAUGACUUGUAUGUUGAACUGAAAGUUCUAAAAAGUUAUUUGCCGGAAGAGACUGAAAGGGCAAUUGAAGUGUUGAAUUUUUUGAAAGAUAUGGAAGGUUCCUAGCCGAAUGCAGAAAUCGCAUACAGGAUUUUAUUGACAAUUCCAGUUACAGUUGCCUCUGCAGAAAGAAGUUUUUCAAAGUUGAAGCUGAUCAAGUCUUAUCUGCGAUCGACAAUGUCACAAGAAAGAUUGAAUGACUUAGCAAUGUUAUCUAUCAAGGUUGAUAUGGUGAAAAACAUUGAUUACGAUGCCAUAAUUGAUGAGUUUGUAUCGAGGAAGCGAAGAAGGUCAUUUUUUAGUAGACUAGCUACUUUUAUGUAGUUUUUUUUUUUAUGUUUAAAUUUGACAGUUCGAUUUUUUCCUAAGGCCCCUAAAUAGUUUGGUACGGCCCUGUUUGUGACG